GUCACUAUAAGUAUGAUUCAGCCAUCACUAUAUGUAAGUUGUGUGUUACAGAAGAGUCAUUGUGGAGAGAUCUUUGAAGCCAUGCAGUACUGCUCCUUGGACAAUGUACAGACAACACAAUAAGAUGCACGAGGACAUGGAGUCAGGCCUGACAGAGGGAUUGUGGGAAAAGUCACAUGGACUUCCUAUUUGGAGGAAAAUCUGUUUUGCCAUCGGUGGUGCCCCCUAUCAAAUCACAAGCACUGUUCUAGGGUUCUUCAUGAGUAUCUUUCUCUUGGAGGUAGCACAGGUUCAACCUGCCUAUGUGUCAGUCAUUGUUUUUGGAGGCAAGCUGUGGUACGCUAUGACUGAUCCAAUUUGUGGUUACCUUGUCAACCAGACAACACAUACCUCCCUGGGCAAGUACAGACCAUGGAUUUUGCUGACAACCCCAUUUGCCUGCAUCACCUACCUCUGUUUCUGGUUGGUACCAGAUUACAGUGAAGAGGGCAAACUGGUCUGGUACCUGACAUUCUACUGUCUGUUUCAGGGAUUCCUCUCUGGGGUACAUGUGCCCUACACAUCUAUGACAAUGAGUAUCAGCGACAGCCAAAAGGAAAGAGACUCCAUUACUGCCUACAGAAUGGUUGCCGAGGCUAUUGGGGUUAUGAUGGGGGUCAUCAUUCAAGGUCAUUUCAUCAAAAAGCACAGAACAGCUGGAGUAUGCAACAAAGCUUCAAAGUCAUUAAAUAUCACCAUGACAACCAAGGACAACUUAAUACACCAGAUCAGUUCAUACCAUGAUGCAUCAGUGACUAUAGUCAGUAUUUAUGUAAUCUGCAUUCUUGUCUGUUUCUGUGGAACAAAGGAACAAAGAGUCAAACAAGUGUCACCAGGAGAGGGAUUUUUUGUGGGAUUACGAAAAGUGUUGUUUUUCCGACCAUACUUGAAGCUCUCAAUGGCCGUCCUGUUUUUGUCUGUUGCCAUCUCAAUAACUCAAGGAAGCCUGGCUCUGUUUUGUACCCAUACUCUGGGCAUGGGUCAAUAUUUCUCCACCUUCAUCACCAUCAUCAUGGCUUCCACUAUCUGCAGUCUGCCAGUCUGGCAUUUCAUACAAGUGAGGAUAGGAAAGAGGAGAACAUUUGCUGCCGGUAUGUUGUUGUUUAUCCCAGUCCUGCUGUCUCAGUUGUUUCUCCACGACAGUUUCUUUGCCUAUACAAUCGUCCUUGUGUUUGCUGGACUGAGCAUUGCAGUUUCUCUACUUCUACCAUGGUCUAUGUUGCCUGAUGUCAUUGACGAUUUCUACGUUACACAUGGAGAACACAAAGAUGCCAUAUUUUACUCCUUUUAUGUCUUCUUUAACAAGUUAGCCACAGGGGUGGCAGUGGCCACCUCUCAGUUGGCUCUGAAGUAUGGUGGCUACAGAGUGGGAGACUGUGAACAGCCACCUGGCGUGGGGCAGGCCCUGAGGUACCUCAUGAUUCCUGGCCCCAUUACUGCUGUAGUUAUUGCUCUUUUUGGAUUUGGGCAGAUAUUCCCUGAGAUGGGUAGGAGUUUUAACAUGACGUACCGCUGCUAUUCUGUAACCAUGCUAGGAGAGAGGGAUGACGUAGAACGAGGAGGGAAAAUAAUUAUGCCUCCAUCAGCUUUAGACCAACUCACACGACUACACAUUCAAUAUCCAAUGCUGUUUAAGUUGACCAACAAGAAAAAAAAUCGGGAAACUCACUGUGGUGUCCUAGAGUUUGUCGCAGAUGAAGGACGGAUCUACAUACCCUACUGGAUGAUGACUAACCUGUUGUUAACAGAGGGAGACUUGAUUCAGGUGGAGAAUGUUUCAUUGAAAGUUGCCACAUUUGCCAGAUUUCAACCACAGUCUGUGGAUUUCCUUGAUAUUACAAACCCUAAAGCAGUGUUAGAGAAUAUGCUUCGGAGUUUUGCAUGCCUGACGACAGAUGAUGUCAUAUCUAUCAAAUACAAUGAAAGAAAUUACGAUAUGUUGGUGCUGGAGACCAAACCAGACCGGGCUGUUUCAAUCAUUGAGUGUGAUAUGAAUGUGGACUUUGCUCCUCCUGUGGGAUAUAAAGAACCCCAGGCACAGAGAAGAGCACAAAAUGAGGAAGAAAUGGCAUCAGCUGAAGUGGAUGACAUGGAUGUUACAGACUCCUCAUUUAAGGUGUUUGGUGGAGCAGGAAACAGACUAGAUGGAAAGAAAAAAGGCACAGAGCCAUCUCCAGUACAAGCUAACACGUCAGCUCCGAAAAGGGGAAUACCAGACUAUGGGUAUACGAAGGGCACAAUCAAAUUCAUCAGAACCCAGCGACAGGUCAACAAUGAAACAUUGGAGGAGGAGAAAUCUUUUGAAGCAUUUUCUGGUGCUGGUCAGUCUCUCAGGAAGAAGGGAAGAAAGUGAUGUUGCUAUGUUAACACCCGCUCGUUUUUGGUAUUAAUGGUUCAGUGUAUGUGACAUUGUAUGCAGUCUGACUAUUGAUUGAUGGGGAUGAAAGUUGCAUAAUUUCACAGCAGGCAAUAUUCAUUUUGAUACAUAUUUAUUGUUGCUGUGCUCAUCAGCACAUCAUGUUGUACAUAUAAGUUAAUGUUGGAGUUCAGUGAUAUAUGAAUGUACAAGUAAGUAAAUUCUGGAAAUCACUA